GGAGCGCGUAUCCCUCCGCCCGCCUGCGCGCCUGCGCGUUAGGUGGGGUGGCGGAAGUGAAGCGCCGAGGGGAGCCAGAGAGCGAGCUCAGCCCGAGCCUGGAUGUUUUCCCCCCCACCCCGUGUCCUCCCCGUUCCUCUUCCCCGGCUGUUCCUCCGACCUGCCUCCUCUGCGCCUUUCGGGGGUGGGCGCGGGGAUUACUUUGUGUGUCCGUCCGCGGUCUGAACCUGUCAGUCCUUGUCCUCCUUUCUGUCUCAUUCCUCUCCCCUCCCUCUCUUGAAGCCUUCUUUUUUAAAACAACAAGAACCAAAAAGAAAAAAAACAUUCCCCUUCAGCCAAGCCUGGCCUCUCCUCCCUUUCCCUCCCUCUUCCUCAGGGACUACUUUUCCUCCCUUCCUUUGCCUCACUGAGGACUAGCCUCUUGAACCUCCCAAACUGCCCAGGAGCAGCUGUGUCAACUGUCUCUGCCUGUCUGCCUUCCUUUCUGUCUCCUUACACUCACUUGUCUCUCAGAAGCCUCUCUUGCCUUUUCAAUUUUCAUUUUUAUUAGGGGGAGCUCCUUUCAUCUGACACUUUGGUCUUUUUCUGUGUCAUUUUGGGGGUGUCUCUCUUUGUGUCAGGCACAGAUUCUGUGUGUCCCCCUUUUUUCUGGCAACCUCUCUACCUCUUGGGACGGGCUUAGUCUUCUCUUCGCCUCCGCCUGCUAACUUAUCCAGUGGCCUCCUUCCUUUCAGGGGCUGGGGUCUGGCCCCCCACCCUUCCACCAACCUCUGUGCCUCAAAUCAUAUAGCCCCCGGGGGCACCUGCCUGCUCCCCCUUUCCCUCUGCCUCUUGUUCGUUUUCCCCACCGCCGUGAGCCAUUUUUCCGUAACUAGAAGGAGGCACCAUGUCUGUGGCCGGGUUAAAGAAGCAGUUCUACAAAGCUAGCCAGAUGGUCAGCGAGAAGGUUGGAGGAGCCGAGGGCACCAAGCUAGAUGAAGACUUCAAGGAAAUGGAAAAGAAAGUGGAUCUCACCAGCAAAGCUGUUGCAGAAGUCUUGGCUAGGACUACAGAAUACCUCCAACCCAAUCCUGCAUCCCGGGCCAAGCUGACCAUGCUGAACACCGUGUCCAAAAUCCGAGGGCAAGUGAAGAAUCCAGGCUACCCGCAGUCGGAAGGCCUUCUUGGAGAGACCAUGAUCCGUUACGGCAAGGAGCUGGGCGAAGACUCCAAUUUCGGCGACGCACUUCUCGACGCUGGUGAGUCCAUGAAGCGCUUGGCCGAGGUUAAGGACUCUCUGGACAUUGAGGUCAAGCAGAACUUCAUCGACCCCCUUCAGAACUUGUGCGACAAGGACUUGAAAGAGAUCCAGCACCAUCUGAAGAAACUGGAAGGCCGGCGCUUAGACUUUGACUACAAAAAGAAGCGGCAGGGGAAGAUCCCGGACGAGGAGCUGCGGCAAGCGCUGGAGAAGUUCGAGGAGUCAAAGGAAGUGGCAGAGACGAGCAUGCACAACCUUCUGGAGACGGACAUUGAGCAAGUCAGCCAGCUGUCCGCCCUUGUAGACGCCCAGCUAGAUUAUCACAGGCAAGCGGUGCAGAUCCUUGAUGAGCUUGCAGACAAACUGAAACGCAGAGUGAGGGACACUUCCUCGCGCCCGAAGCGAGAAUACAAGCCGAAACCGAGGGAGUUCUCCGAGUUUGGAGAGAGCGACCAAUCCAACGGCGGCUUUUCCUGCAACCCCGCCCCCAAAGUCUCAGCUUCCUCCUCUUUCCGAUCCGAAAAACCAUCGCGGACUCCCAGCAGGAUUUUUUCCCCACAUUUGGACCAGCCGAGUUGCAAGGCGCUGUACGACUUCGAACCGGAGAACGACGGCGAGCUGGGCUUCAAGGAGGGCGACAUCAUCACACUGACCAACCAGAUCGACGAGAACUGGUACGAGGGCAUGAUCAACGGCCAGUCGGGCUUCUUUCCCCUCAACUACGUGGAAGUUCUGGUCCCGCUACCUCAGUGAAGGGGGUCACACACAAACACACCCCUCCGCUCUCAAGCCGACUGCUUCCGUUCUUCCUCUUCCUUCCUGUCCCGCCCCUUCUCUCCUCGGCCUCCCUUUGCACACCGACAGGGGGGCGAAAAAGAGAGAGGCUAAGGGUCUACUCCUCCUCCCCACCCUUCGAACUUACAUUCCAUGUGGUAUAUAUACCCAACACUAAUCCCCCGUCCAGCAAGCAGGAACGUGUGUGUGGUUUUUUUUUGGGGGGGUAACUGUGCUCCUAUCCGUAGCCCAGCCUGGCGGAGGUGGUGGGAGCUAAGUUGUUUGACUGGGGCAAUGCACAAACUGACCCUCCUCUCUCUCUCUCUCUCUCUCCUGCCCACCUGCCCGUUCUUUACCUGGGCCUGGACCCAAAUGGGGGCCCUGUGCUUUGCACGCUGUGGCCUUCCCAUUUUGGUUUGCGAUCUGGGCUCUCCGUAACGGCCCUGCCUUGGUUGCGGGUUUUUUUGUCU